AUGAUUGCGUUUAGCAUCUCUUUUGCUUGGUACUGGUUCCCGGAUUUCAUUUUCCCUGCGCUCGGAUAUUUUACCUUCAUCUGCUGGAUCGUGCCGAAAAAUGCCGUUGUCAAUCAGGUCUUCGGCAUGAAGAGUGGUAUCGGCCUGCUUCCUCUGACCUUCGAUUGGAGCCAGAUUGCAUACAUCAGUUCACCACUCGUAGCUCCUCCGUGGGCUAUCAUGAACAUUCUGGCUUCGCUUGUGUUCUGGAUAUAUAUCAUUUCGCCGGCUCUGUACUACUCCAACACCUGGUUCUCCGGCUACCUUCCGAUCCAGAGCAACUCUGUCUUCGACAACACCGGGUCGACGUACAAUGUAUCGAAGGUCAUCAACAAGCAUGAUGGAUUCACCUUCAGCCCCGAAAAAUACGAAGCCUACUCUCCGCUCUAUAUGCCUGUCACCUACGCGCUCAACAUGUUUGGCUUAUCAUUUGCAACAAUUCCGGCCCUGCUCAUAUGGAUAUUCUUGGAGAAGAAGAAGGAAAUGACACAAGCCUUGAGAGGUGUUCUGAACGUAAAGCAGCACAUACGUGCGAGUCAAGCCCAACCAGGUUCAGUUCCUUCGUGGUGGUACUUACUUACCGGUCUCAUAUCCCUCGGACUGGCAAUGUUCGCGUGUGAGUACUACCCAGUGCAACUGCGCUGGUACGGCGCGCUCUUCGCUUUCUUCGUCUCUUGUGUCUUUUUUGUCCCGCUCGCCAUGGUCUACGCAACCACGAACCUCAAAAUCAAUAUCGACGUCUUCUGCCGCAUCGUCGCCGGCUACGCCUUCCCGGGCAAAGUCCUCGCCAACCUCUGGUUCUUCGACCUCGGCUACAUCAGCGGCAUAAAAGGCCUGCAAUUCGCCCAAGACCUGAAGCUCGGCAUCUACUGCAACAUCCCCCCACGCGCCCUCUUCCUCGUCCAACUCACCAGCCUCGCCAUCUCAACCCUCAGCCAAGUCUCCGUCGUCAACUGGGCCCUCACGCACAUCCCCUCCAUCUGCACCGCCGACGCCCCCAACGGCUUCACCUGCCCCUUCUCGCGCACGCACUUCAACACGAGCAUCAUCUGGGGCGCCAUCGGCCCGCGCCGCUUCUUUUCCUCCUCCUCCGGCGGCUCCCCCUACCACGGGCUGCUCUACUUCUUCCUGCUGGGCGGCAUCCUCCCGGUGCUCGCGUGGCUGCUGAAGCGAAGGUACCCGACGAACAGGAUCUGGGCGAAGGCGCACGUGCCGCUGUUCCUCGGCGGGCUUAACUACAUCCCGCCGGCAUCGGGGACGAACUAUGGCAGCUGGGCCAUCGUGGGGUUGGUGUUCGGCGUGCUCGUGAAGCGCAAGGCCGCGCGCUGGUGGAAGAAGUACAAUUUCGUGCUGAGCGCGGCGCUGGAUUGCUCGGUGGCGAUUGCGGGCGUGAUUAUCUUCUUUGCUGUGUUUUACUCUGGUGCGUCGAAGCAUCUGAGCUGGUGGGGGACGCAGGUGUAUAAGAAUACUUGCGAUUGGAAAGCGUGUCCGUAUCGUGAGCUUGGGAAAGGGGAGACGUUUGGCCCGUGA